GCCGAGACCGACUCCGAGUCCCCGCCGCGCGGCGCGCGGCGGGGAGCCCGCCUGCGCUUCUUCACGGCGCGCCGCCUGCGCCGCGUGCGGAGGCACGUCCGGAAGGUGGAGGCUGCGGAGCUCCUCCGGCUUGCCGACGACAGCUACCGAGCGGGCGACUGGACCACCUCCCUGCAGCUCUCUAGGCGGGCGCCCUGGCCAGGAGGGCGCCGCUGCGCCCCUCGGCGCCGGGCCCCCGGACGAGCAGCAGCCCAGCGCCCCGGGCCCGGGGCCGAGCUCCGGCCCGGCGGCCCCGCCGCCGCUGGCCGAGGCGCCGCAGCAGCGGCAGGCCGCGCCGGCGCCGUGGGCAGCCGCCUCGGCGUCCGUGGCGCCCCGGCAGCCCACGCCCGAGCGGGAGCCGGACAGCGCCGCGGAGCCGGCCGGCGCGGGCCUGGCUGGCGCGGUGCUCGUGUGGGAUGCGGUCCCGGCCGUCGUCGGUGAGUUCGCGCCGUGGGCCCCGGGCGCGGCCGGCGCGGAGCUGCAGGACACGGCUCUGCAGGAGGGCGGCCUGCACCGCGGCUCCUUCCUGGACGCGGCCAGCGCGGCAUUGCAGGAGCGACUGCUGGAGGAGCUGGCGCGGGCCGGCUGCAUGGCGGCCCUGCCGGAGCGGCGGCCGCCGAGGCGGGGGCCGCCCGCCGCAGACGCGGCGUCGUCACGGGGCAACACGCCGGAGAAGGCGGCCACGCCGGCCGCGAGCGUCACACCGGAGAAGGUGAGGUUUGCAUCGCUGGUUCGCAGCGUUUGCGGGAGCGGCGGCAGCUGGCGGUGA